AUGCUCUCAACUCCUCUCUUCUUCAACUUCUAUCCUCACCCUUUUGCUCAUAAACAAGGCAACCACAUUGAGGAUAUUUCCUCUUACUUUCUCCUCGAGGCGACCGGCGACUCGGAGAUUGACUCGUCGGUCGACCUCGGAGGCUCGGUCGCCUCGACGGAGUUCAACGACGCGGAAUCUUGCACUGAUGACACUCCUACUAUAUGUACUAAUGAAUUUGGGAAAUAUGAAUAUGAAGAUGAAGAUGAAGAGGAGAUGGUUGAGAAUGAUUAUGAUGAAGUAGUUGAAAGCAAGGCAAUUGGAUUCACAACAAAGUCAAAUGCUUCCAUUGAUUCAACUAAAGAGUUCAAAAUGCUGAAUGAGGUGGACAAAAACAGAUUGUUUUGGGAAACUUGUUUGGCUUCAUAG